CCUGCCUUCUCCAAAAAGAGCCCACCUUGGAGUCGAACCCGGCCUUGCGUCGUGUUUCGUCUUGGCAGGUAGCAGUCUGGUUCGAAAGAUGCUUCCCACACAACAUCCCAAAUUUCGUAAAUGAGGGUCGGAGUUCUUCCAUUCGUCCCUUGGCCGGGCUUGGUUGCAAAGAAAAAAGUCGGGACGGGGCGCCGAUGUUCGGUAAACGGUUUGGAAGGAUACAUAAAGAAGGGCGGUCUACAUUUUCUUCUUUUUCUCUUUCUUUUCCUGUAGGUCCCGGUUCAAGGUUUCAACGUGCAUACCCAGUUCACCUACCUUUUAGGGUCCCCCAGUAUCUCUUCGCCAUCGUUGAAGGACUACUGCAACCCUCACGUUCCGACUCUGCAUUACAUUGGAUCUUCCUUAUUAUCCUGACCUACUGGACCGACUUGGGUACCUGUCAGUAAAGCAAUUAUCUAUCAAGUCAAAGCAGCCUCAACCCGUGUACUGGAUAGGCAUUUGCGACUCGGGUUUCGUCAUCCUUUUCCAAAUUUGGAUCGCAUUUACAGAUUCGUCAGCCUUCAGACUGAAAAACGUUCACGCGCGACGAGAAAUUGCGCCUGUAUUACCGUUCACCACCGCUAGCGCUGCAACCGAUCAUAUCCUCCCGUUGCGCAAAGGAAACUCGCAAAUCAAAAAGAGUUAAUAUUUCUUGAGAAAAGGAGGCGCAUCUAACCCUCUUCGGGUCUUUUCCCUCCACCUACCCCCCUCACACCACCGCUCGAGAUCUGAGAUUUGAGGACAAUCAAAGACGCCAAACAAAAACCAAAGAUGGCCACAUCUUUCGAAAAGGGCGAUGCCCUGGAACACCAAGCAAAAAGCUCGUCAGACGGCAGCCGCCCUGCUGGAGACUCUGGCGUUGAAGCAGAGCGUGCUGCCCUUCUGGCAGCCCUUCCUGACCCGGAUGCUGGCAAGACCCCCGAGGAGCGCGCAGAAAUCGAUCGCAAGUUAAUGUGGAAGGUCGAUCUCGCUUUGGUCCCAUGGCUUUCUCUCCUCUAUCUUAUGUCAUUUCUCGACCGAACAAACAUUGGCAAUGCGCGACUGGCUGGACUUGAGGGUGAUCUUGGCAUGAAGGCAGACGGAUCUGACUACAACCUCUCCCUGACCAUCUUCUUCAUCAGCUAUGCCUUGUUCGAGCCUGUCACCAACGCUCUCCUCAAGCGCAUGACCCCUCGCAUCUUCUUCACCGGCAUCAUAUUCGUGUGGGGCGUCAUCAUGACCCUCAUGGGUCUUUGCCACAACUUCCCGGGUCUCCUGGCUGCUCGUUGGUUCCUCGGAGUCGCAGAAGCUGGCCUCUUCCCCGGUGUCAACUACUACCUCUCCUGCUGGUACAAGGGCUCCGAGAUUGGUGUGCGCUCCGCAGUCUUCUUCUCUGCUGCUGCCUUGGCUGGCUCCUUUGGUGGUCUCCUUGCCGCCGCUAUCGCACAGAUGAACGGCAUUGGUGGCAGACCUGGCUGGGCAUGGAUUUUCAUCAUCGAGGGUAUCGCUACCGUUUUCGUCGGCAUCUUCUGCUGGUGGCUUGUGUUUGACUGGCCCGAGACUGCCCGCUUCCUCAGCCCCGACGACCGCAUUCGCGUCCAGCGCCGCCUGAUUAUGGACCGCCAGGGUCGCACCGCCGAGGACUUUGACCGCCGCCACAUCUACGAGGCCCUCAAGGACUGGAAGACGUACGGAUACAUGGUUAUCUACAUGGGCUGCUUGGUCCCGCUCUAUGCCUUUUCUCUCUUCUUGCCCACCAUCCUGCGCGGCAUGGGACACGUCGGCACUCGGGCUCAACUCCUCAGUGUACCUCCCUACGCUGUGGCCGCCGCCCUGACCGUCACUAUCGGUUUCAUCGCCGACAAGACCAAGAUGAGAGGUUACUGCAACAUUGCAACCGUGACGAUUGGCAUCAUCGGCUUCGUGAUGCUCAUGGCGACAUCGGAUCCGCGCGUGCAAUAUGCAGGCACCUACUUGGGCGCGGCUGGAAUCUACCCUACCAUCUCCAACACCCUUUCGUGGGCCAUCAACAACACGGAGGGCUCCCUCAAGCGCGCCGUUGUUCUGGGCAUGGUUGUAGGUUGGGGGAACCUGAACGGAGUGGUGUCGUCAAACAUUUACCUCGCGCGCGAGUCGCCCAAGUUCUUCACUGGUCACGGUGUAGUCAUGGGCUACCAAGUGAUCUGCCUCCUGGGCGGUUCAAUCUUUAUGCACUUGGCUUUCCGCAAGAUGAACAAGGAUCGCGCCGCCGGCAAGAUGGACGAAAGCUGGGCUGCGCUCAGCCAGGAGGAGAAGUGGGCUCGUGGAGACAGGAGGCCCGACUUUGUCUACACUCUGUGAGCGAUCGACUAAAACCCGGGAGGGCAUUCAUCAUUUACUAGGCGACUGGGAUUGGCGUUGUGUUUGUGUUUUGCCGUCGAUGAUCUUUUUUUCGACGCCGCCAUCAGAUUAUUGAUUUACGAUUUGUUGUUGAGGCAUAUAUUGGCAUAUGUUGUGUUACUUGAAAGGCUGUCUUCAGUGUCAGCCUUUUUAUUUCUCGUCGCACGAGAAGAGAGGCAGUCGGAAGGGGCGCUGAUUUCAUGUCAUCAAUAUUCCGGAUGCUUGCAGAUGAAGAGAGAGGUGAAGAAGGAGAAGAAUAAAAUAGGGAGGUGGUACAUACAUUGUAAACCGUGGGUGGCAUUCUUGUGUGCGAGCAUGUAUGGGCCGAGCCAUAGAAGAUAUGACAUACCCACCAGAUUACGAACAGAUAGAAGCGAAUCUGACGACGAUGACUUGAUA